AUGACUGGAAGAAAUCAAACUACCAUCUCAGAGUUCCUCCUUAUGGGUCUGCCCAUCCAGCCAGAGGACCAACACCUGUUCUUUGCCCUGUUCCUUGCCAUGUAUCUUACCACCAUUCUGGGAAACCUCCUCAUCAUUGUCCUCAUUCAACUGAACUGUCAUCUCCACACACCAAUGUAUUUUUUUCUCAGCAACUUGUCCUUCUCUGAUCUCUGCUUUUCCUCCGUGACUAUUCCUAAACUCUUACAGAACAUGCAAAGGCAAGUGCCCUCCAUCCCCUAUGCACAAUGCAUGACACAAAUGUACUUCUUCAUGCUUUUUACUGACUUGGAGAACUUCCUUCUUGUGGCCAUGGCCUAUGAUCGCUAUGUGGCCAUCUGCUUCCCCUUGCACUAUACCAGCAUCAUAAGCCCUAAGAUCUGUUUUUGUCUGCUGGUGCUGUCCUGGUUGUUGACAAUGUCCCAUGCAUUGUUACACACCCUGCUCUUGACCAGAUUGUCUUUCUGUGAGAAAAAUGUGAUUCCUCACUACUUCUGUGAUUUGUCUACACUGCUGAGGCUAGCUUGCUCUGACACUUAUGUAAAUGAGUUGGUGAUAUUUAUCAUGGGAGGGCUCAUUGGUGUCAUUCCAUUCCUGCUCAUCAUCAUGUCCUAUGUAAGAAUUGUCUCUUCCAUCCUCAAGGUUCUUUCUUUACAGGGCAUCUACAAAGUAUUCUCUACCUGUGGCUCCCAUCUGUCCGUGGUGUCACUGUUCUAUGGGUCAGCUGUCGGGAUCUACUUAAGUCCAUCAUCUAAUAAUUCUACUGUGAGGGAGACUGUCAUGGCUAUGAUGUACACAGUGGUGACUCCCAUGCUGAACCCCUUCAUCUACAGCCUGAGGAACAGAGACUUGAAUGAUGCCCUGAGAAGAAUCCUUUGUAAGAAGAAAAUUCCCUUCUACAUAUGA